CCCCCUCUCCCGCCAUGGCGCUGAAUAAGUCUAUGCACGCGAGAAACCGCUAUCGGGACAAACCGCCGGACUUCGCCUACCUGGCGUCCAGGUACCCGGCCUUCCGCCAGCACGUGCAGACCAGCCUCUCCGGCCGGGCCAGCCUAAAUUUCAAGGAUCCAGAAGCUGUGAGAGCUCUGACAUGCACUCUCUUGAAAGAAGACUUUGGACUUACAAUUGAUAUACCAUUAGAGAGGCUCAUUCCUACUGUUCCCUUGAGGCUUAACUAUAUCCAUUGGGUGGAAGAUCUAAUUGGUCAUCAAGAUGGUGAUAAACAAGCUCUUAGAAGAGGAAUUGACAUAGGUACCGGGGCAUCUUGCAUCUACCCAUUACUUGGAGCCACUUUGAAUGGCUGGUAUUUCCUAGCAACGGAAGUGGAUGAUAUGUGUUUCAAUUAUGCAAAGAAAAAUGUGGAACAGAAUAAUUUAUCUGAUCUUAUAAAAGUGGUUAAAGUACCACAGAAGACCCUUCUAAUGGAUGCACUAAAAGAGGAAUCUGAGAUCAUUUAUGAUUUUUGCAUGUGCAACCCUCCCUUUUUUGCUAACCAGUUGGAAGCCAAGGGAGUAAAUUCUCGAAAUCCUCGACGGCCCCCUCCGAGCUCUGUGAACACUGGGGGCAUCACAGAGAUCAUGGCUGAAGGGGGAGAACUAGAAUUUGUCAAAAGAAUUAUCCACGAUAGUCUGCAGCUUAAAAAAAGAUUGCGGUGGUACAGCUGCAUGCUGGGAAAGAAAUGCAGUUUAGCUCCAUUAAAAGAAGAACUUCGAAUUCAGGGGGUUCCUAAAGUUACUCACACUGAAUUCUGUCAAGGCCGUACCAUGAGGUGGGCACUGGCAUGGAGUUUCUACGAUGAUGUCCGAGUGCCCUCACCUCCCUCUAAAAGAAGGAAGUUAGAAAAGCCCCGGAAGCCAAUUACAUUUAUAGUGUUGGCAUCCACAAUCAAAGAGUUAUCCAUCAAGGCUUCAGCUAUGGGCUGGGAUGCUGUGGAAGGCAUAGCAGUGGUUACAAAGUGGAUAGAAAAAAUACUGACUGAUCUGAAGGUUCAGCAUAAGUAUGUUCCCUGUGGAGAAGAUGAAGUUAGUCUGUUUCUAACAGCCAUUGAAAACUCUUGGGUUCAUUUAAGAAGAAAGAAACGAGAACGAGUAAGGCAGCUACGAGAACUUCCUCGAGCUUCUGAAGAUAUUCUGCAAGCAAUGGAAGAAGAGAAGAGCACCCAGAAAGACUCAAACAACCCAGAGUGUGAACAAAACAAGACUGAAAACUUCGAAAUGGGGUCAGUGAUGCUUGAUGAGGAUGUCAGCUCAGCCAAGAAUGACAGGCAAAGGGAAGAUUCCCCUGCCAAAGAAAAAAACAAUGAGGAACUCAUGGAAGAGGAGGACAUAGAAGCAAAGCAACCAGAAACAUUAGUUGGUGAAGACUCCAGUGAUGCAAAGGAGGAGCCUGAUGCUUCAGAGGAUGCUGGCAAUCUAACAAUGGAAAAAGGACAAAGUCCCAAAGGAACUAGUGGACACUUUCUUUUUAAGUGUUUAAUAAAUGUGAAGAAAGAAGGGGAUGAUGCAUUAGCAGAGAUGCACUGGGUUGAAGGACAGAACAGAGAUUUAAUGAACCAACUGUGCACCUACUUACGAAAUCAAAUUUUUCGACUGGUUGCUAGUUAG